AUGUCACAACAUUCGCUGAUGACAAUACGAGAAAGGAAGAUGCAGGCGGCAGCCAUUUGCAGAGAGAUCCAAGGCCCUGAUGAGGCAGAGAUGGAUCUUGGGAGAAAAGUCAAUGUCCCAAAGGAAAUAAUGUUUGAGGAGCUGUCCUUGGCCUCCAACAGGGGCUCCCGGCUCUUCAAGAUGCGUCAGCAGCGCUCUGAGAAAUACACAUUUGAGAGUAUCCGUAACGAGGUCAACACACAGAUCAAUAAUGGAAUGAUUUUUCAAACUCCAAACGCUGAGGUGACAGACGUGAAAGCUGAUGGAGAUGGUCUUGGUACUGAUCAACCCACAGACACUCCACCAAACAUGCCCGACCCACUUACCGUGCCUAAUCCGGAAAGUAUCGCCCCAGGUUAUGGAGGUCCCUUGAAGGAUGUUCCAGCUGAGAAGUUCAACAGCACGGCCAUGCCCAGGUCAUACUGCUCGCCCUGGGUGCAGGCCAUUAUCGGUGACCCCUCACUGGCUGACACCAUGGUCACCCACAUGCCUGCACCUGAGCCCAAGACUGAGGCACCAGAAUACAAGAGCUUCAACAGGGUGGCUACUCCAUUUGGUGGCUUUGGCAAGGCCCCAAAAGUGACCCCAGUGAAGGUACCUGAGGAGGACCUUGGCUUGGGCAGUUCCAGUCCAGUGCCUCCCGCAGUCCCAGCUGACCCAGUAGCCAAGAGACCCACCUUCAACAGGACUGCCCUGGGCUGGGUGACUGAAAACGCCCCCUUGGUGCUCCCCACCGUCGCCUUGGACACUGUUCCAUCCAUCCCAUCCACAUUCAUCCCAGAGUCUGACGAUCUUUAA